GCCCUCGGUUCAUCCUGUGGCGCAGCUGUACCGCAACAAGAAUGCAUCCGUUAACAUGCCCACGAACGGAAGCUUUGCUGAAAGCACAGGUGCGCCCGCGCCAGCAGGUGCAACAUCCACCGACCCAACAGACAUGGACUUGGCAGCGACAAAGCGCCUUCCCCAAGCACUCAUCAUCGGCGUGAAGAAGGGUGGCACUCGCGCCUUAUUGGAGUUUCUACGACUUCACCCAGAUGUGCGCGCUGCAGGUUCCGAACCCCAUUUCUUCGACAGACACUACGACCGUGGUCUAGAUUGGUACAGGAGCCUGAUGCCCAAGGCUUUGGAUGACCAAAUCGUCAUGGAGAAGACGCCCAGGUACUUUGUGUCCGCAGACAGCCCCGCCCGCGUCCACAACAUGUCCGGUGAUGUCAAGCUCAUCGUGGUGGUGAGGGACCCCAUCACCCGAGCCAUUUCAGACUACGCCCAGAUCGCCUCCAAGGCGCCCAGCGUGGCCAGCUUCGAGAGCCUGUCCUUCAGGAACAGGAGCGCUGGGGGGGCUGUGGAGGUCAACCCCCAGUGGAGCCCCCUAUGGAUCGGCCUGUAUGCCCAGCACCUGCAGCGCUGGCUGGCCUACUUCCCCUCCUCACAGAUACACUUUGUCCACGGCGAGAGGCUGGUGACCGACCCCGCCGGAGAGAUGGCCCGCGUUCAGGACUUCCUGGGCCUGGAGAGGAUUGUGACCGACAAGCACUUUUACUUCAACCAGACUAAAGGAUUCCCCUGUCUGAAGAAGCUGGAGGGGAGCAGUCAGCCCCACUGCCUGGGCAGCACCAAAGGCAGAGCUCACCCCCAGAUCAAGCGCAGGGUGAUCAGGAGACUGAGGGAGUUCUAUCGACCUCAUAAUCUGAGAUUCUACAAAAUGGUGGGCCAAGACUUUGGAUGGCAGUGAGAUGCACCUUUGUGUGUAAGUGAGCGUCACAGGCUGUGUGCAGAUCAGAAGCCGUGGGGAAGACUAUUGAUGAUGUGAGCUCUCUCAUCAGGCUACUGCGUGUCAUACAGACGACACUGUUCUUCGCCAAUCAUAGUUUUGACUCAAUGUUGGAUUGCUUUGAAUAGCCAGACUACAGAAUAGUCCUAAUUUGGGGGAUUACUUGAGAAAUGGAGGACAAAUCAAAUUUUCUGGUCAUCCCAGCCUUCACACAGACUCGAAAUGCAUCACAACCCAAAGACAUCUGUCAAAAUAUUGGAUGAAGAGUCAUCCAAACCUGCUAUAAUGACAACAGCACCAUCAUGUUGGGUGAAG